AUGUCAGGUCCUACUGGAUGUGUAAAUCCGUAUCAUUCAUCAACUUCCUGGCUGCAACGACAAGGUCGGUAUCCACCUCAACAACCUCAAGACAAUGUAUGACACUUUAUGAUUGGCAAAAGUCUGUGAGAAGCUUACUUCGUUUGUCAACCACCAGGCUAGU